AUCCACCGGCCGUGAAACCAGAUCGAACGCGGGGCUCCGCCCAUUUUUAGCCGUUCCCCUGUCAAUCCCGACCUCGGACAUUUAAACAGGGGUACAGGUCCGGUCCUACCUACCGUUUCAGGUGCUUUUCUGCGCCAAAAACGUCGGUUUUCACCCCAAAUCGCAGCGAAUUUGACGGAUCUGCGACCACGCCCUAACUUCUUUUCCACUCGCAGCGCCCAUUGUGCUUUAGGGGUCGGCAGGACGAGGUUUGGGCUCCGAAGACUCGCGUUUGGGACGCCCGUUGUGGACCCCCUCUCAGUUUUAAACUUGCUGAUUCACUUGUCCAGGGCUUCCGGACUGCCACCGAGAUUCGGGAGGUAGGCUGACGCUGUGUGUGCUGGAUCUGUGUUGGUGGGAUUCGAACCAGGUUCCCAGCGAGCAGGGUGGUCUUCUUCGCGUUUCUGGAACAGGCAAGGAACCUCGGAUUGUACAGAGGUGUUUGGAUUCUUUUAGGAGCUUGCCGGACCUUGGCAAAAACACGGAGGGAAGUCAAACCUUAACCAUGGUCCAGUCGGAUUCCAGGUCCAUUGUGACCGACUAUGUCUUUUACAAACUGAACAAAAAGGGCCUGCCCUGGCCCAACGCACCCCCUCUACCCCCUCCCACGGACGCUCACCGACUCAUGCGGGAACUCGGCGACAAGUUCGAGGAAAGAUACCGGGAGCAGUUCGACGAAAUGGGCGACCAGCUCCACCUAACUCCCGACACAGCCUACCAGAAGUAUCACAACGUCGUAGCGGAGCUGUUCAGAGAGGGUGUUCGGUGGGGGAGACUGGUCGCCCUGGUAGCCUUCACGGGAGCAUGCACGGUAACGGCCGUAGAACGGGAAAUGCCGCAGUUUGUAGACAGAUAUGUGGACUGGACUGUGCAGUACAUUGACAACAACCUGGCACAAUGGCUACAAGAAAACGGAGGCUGGGAGGGAUUCGAGGACUUUGCGAGAAAAGCCCGGUCCAACGAGAACGACGAGAAGUCGUGGUGGUGGCGGGGGAUUCUCAUGGGCGCCAUGGCGGUAACGGCAGUGGGCGCGAUCGUCGCAAGAUCGUAAAGCGCCGGGAAAAUUUUCCGAAAAAAUGGACACGUGUCGAGCAACUGUCUGUGGAUCAGUCCUGGAUGCUUUGUUAUAAUGAUAAUAUUAUUUAUUUCAACAAAGAAAAAAGAGAAAAAAGAACUUAUAUUUUGUGCUUCUGGCUAUUAAUAUUAUUAAUAAAUGUUACAUUUAUGUGUAGAAUGAAUAUUUCCCAUGUAGCGAUCUUUGCCGAUAUAUGAUAUCCCUAACUGCUACUUUGUGGCAAAGGUUCACAUUCCUUGUUGUUGACAUGAUUUUACUGCUUCUAAAGUACUAAGGUAAUGCUCUCACACUAAUGUAAUAUAUGUACAAAAUGCCUUGCAAUGCAGAAAGUGUUAUUUAUUUCACUGGUAGUUGUUCGGGUAUGUUGCGGAACACAAGACCACUGAUGUACAAAAGAAAAAGGAUGGACAUUGUGAUGAUAUCAUUGUGCAGUAAUAGUGUAGUGUAUGGGGCCUUGCCUCGCAUACUGGUAUAUUGUCCUGUACAGAAAUUAUUGUAUGUAAGUAAAAACUUAAAGAA